ACAGAGAAAGCGAGAGGCCCCGCGGUUCAUGAUGUCCGCAGCUGCACAGCAGCAAGAGACGACGAGCUGGAACAAGAUGAGGGCUGUGUCUGUGGAUCUAAAUAUUGACCCAUCAUUGCAAAUUGAUAUACCUGAUGCCCUCAGUGAAAAAGACAAAGUGAAGUUCACAGUCCAUACUAAGACUACGUUGCCAGCUUUUCAAGGUACUGAAUUUUCGGUUACAAGGCAACAUGAAGAUUUUGAGUGGCUACAUGAUACAUUUGUUGAGACAGAAGUGUAUGCAGGACUAAUUAUUCCUCCAGCACCUCCAAAGCCUGACUUUGAUGGCCCUAGAGAGAAGAUGCAUAAACUUGGGGAAGGAGAAAUGUCUAUGACAAAAGAGGAAUUUGCCAAAAUGAAGCAAGAACUGGAAGCGGAAUACCUUGCUGUCUUCAAGAAGACUGUAUCAUCACAUGAAGUCUUCCUUCAACGAAUUUCUGCUCAUCCUGUUCUCAGCCAAGAUCGCAACUUUCAUGUCUUCCUUGAGUAUGAUCAGGAUCUAAGUGUUCGGAGGAAGAAUGCAAAGGAAAUGUUUGGUGGCUUCUUCAAAAGCGUGGUAAAGAGUGCUGAUGAAGUUCUGUUUUCAGGGGUUAAGGAGGUAGAUGAUUUCUUUGAACAAGAGAAGACAUUUCUUGUAAACUACUACAACAGAAUCAAGGAAGCCUGUGCAAAGGCAGAUAAGAUGACAAGAUCUCAUAAAAAUGUUGCAGAUGACUAUAUUCAUACUUCAGCUGCCUUAAAUAGCCUGGCUCUGGAAGAACCAACUGUCAUUAAAAAGUACUUGCUGAAAAUUUCAGAGCUCUUUGAGAAACUCAGGAAAGUAGAAAAUCGUAUUUCUUCUGAUGAAGAUUUGAAACUAUCAGAGUUACUAAGAUACUAUAUGCUCAAUAUAGAAGCAGCAAAGGAUCUCUUGUACAGACGUACACGGGCCCUUGUGGACUAUGAAAAUUCAAAUAAAGCUCUGGAUAAAGCUAGGUUGAAAAGCAAAGAUGUUGGGUUGGCAGAAGCACAUCAGCAAGAGUGCUGUCAAAGAUUUGAAAAACUUUCUGAAUCUGCAAAACAAGAACUGAACAACUUCAAACAGAAGCGAAUAGCAGCAUUUCGUAAAAAUAUAAUUGAAAUAACUGAACUCGAGAUCAAGCAUGCAAAGAAUAAUGUUUCUUUUGUGCAAAGCUGCAUUGAACAACUGAAGACAUCUUAAUCUGAUUGUAGGUUUGGGGCAGGGGAGCACUCAACAAUUGCAUUGAACAUCUUGGUUCAUUUCUAGCUUGGUUUCCAUAAAGUACUUUGUAUGGCUAAAAACUUAAUCAGGCUGACACUAAUGAUUCAAAUAUCAAAUAUAAAUAUUGUACUACAAAUAGAUUUGCUUGAAUUGUGAUUGACAUUGUAUGAAUUGCUCCAAAAGAGCAAACAAUAUAUGUAUUGAUAACUGGGAAAUUGCUGUUGUGACAGAAACUGGCUUCUGAGAAAACUGCCUAUCAUUGAAAAGGAGGAUGUGUAGUGAGAAAUUUGAAAAUUACAAUCAGUCAUGGUAUCUAUUAGAUAUACCAUAACACAAACAACUCAGACUUUUUUGCAACUGACUAUAGCAAAUGUUCUUGCAAUUUUAUAAGGAAAUACCUUUAACAUUCCAUUUCAGACUUCUAUUAUUGCACUAUAUUUUGGAUUCAAUAUCUGCAUGCUGUUGGACAAUACAAAAUAAAAACUGUCUAACCACUA